UCGAAGUAGUAUACAUUAGAUUUCAGGCCUGAUUUAUGGCAACAUGAAAACGAGGUCAGUGGUGUCUCUGACGAUCAAACUCUUUAUUGGAGUCUUGUUGAGUAAAGGGAUUCAAUGCACCAACUGGAACGAAAUUGCGAAGGAAUCUCUAAAAAAUGCUCUAAAAUUACAACCAAACACAGGGAUUGCCCAAAAUGUCAUCGUAUUUGUCGGUGAUGGCAUGGGAUUGUCCACUAUUAAUGCUGCUAGAAUAUACAAAGGACAAAAACAAGGCAAACCAGGAGAAGAAACCAUUCUGGAAUUCGAAAAAUUUCCACAUGUGGCUUUGUCUAAAGUAUACGGCACAGACAAGCAGGUACCAGAGUCUGCACAGACAGCUACAGCCUUGUUUUGCGGAGUAAAGACAAACUUCAAUAUUUUGGGAUUAAGGGAUUCCGUGGGGACCUCAGAUUGCAACGCUCAGAAAACACAAGGAAAGACAGCCGAAGUUAGCUCUAUCGUAAGGCACGCCAUAGAGCAAGGUAAAUCUACAGGUGUGGUUACAACCACGAGGAUUACACACGCUACUCCUGCCGCAACAUACGCCCAUGCGGCACAUCGUGACUGGGAGUCGGAUGCAGAUAUCAACUCCACAUUGCAUGGCGACUGCAAAGACAUCGCGCUACAACUUAUCAACGACAAUCAUGACAUACAGGUUGUUCUCGGAGGGGGACGAAGAGCUUUCUUACCUGUUACCGUACCUGAUCCUGAAACUAAUGCAAUCGGUGUUAAUAAGCGGUUGGAUGGUCGUAAUCUUAUUGAGACGUGGGAAACAAUUCAACAAGGAAAAAGCAAAAACUACAGAUAUGUUUGGAGAAAGCAAGACUUUGACGCCGUUGACGAGAACAAUAUUGACUAUCUGCUGGGUCUUUUCAAUCCUGCUCACAUGGAAUAUGAACUAGAACGAGACACCGGUAAUAACGGGGAACCAUCUCUCACAGAAAUGACGGCAAAAGCAAUAAAAAUUUUGCGACGAAACAAGAAAGGUUUUGUGCUGGUUGUAGAAGGUGGUCGAAUAGACCACGCCCACCAUGAUAACAAAGCCAAGAAAGCAUUAGAAGAGGCUGUACAGUUUGAUGAGGCAAUAAAAGAGGCGGUUUCUCUGACCAGUCAGAAGGAAACUCUUAUCAUCGUCACAGCUGACCACUCCCAUCCGUUUUCUCUGACUGGCUACACUAAUAGAGGAAAUGAUAUUUUAGGCUUGGUUGACGAGGAAAGUUUUAAGGUGGAACCAACCACAGAUCAUAUGCCUUAUUCAUCACUGUUGUACGGUAAUGGUCCAGGUUAUAGAAGCCCUCGACAAAAUCUAACGGGGAUCAAUACAGAUGAUAAGGACUAUAUACAACAGUCAGCCGUGCCGCUAGAAUACGACACACACAGUGGGGAGGAUGUCGGGAUAUUUGCUCAGGGUCCAAUGUCACAUUUAUUUCAUGGCGUCCAUGAGCAGCAUUAUGUUUCCCACGUGGUCCAGUAUGCUGCGUGUUUGGGUGAUUAUUCUGAAGACUGUGAUAAGGAGUCCAGAAGCUCUACAAGUGGAUCAACAACGCAGUUCUUAAGUUUGUUUGCCAGUUUAUGUUUCAUAUUUUCAUUGAUGUAAUUUCACUAUAGUCAUUAACUUUAAUGUUUAAACUUUUUUUUAUUUGUAUCAAAAUGAUUUUUGAAGUCAAUUUGAACCCAACACGUAUUCUCAUAUAUCAUGGUUAUUGCUUGAAUUAUAAAGUGUAUUUCUUUCUUGGCAUUUUUUGUUUUUUCUGUCGCCCAAAAGUAUUAAGGAUUUUGUGAUUUUCAUGAACCUGAUUUAACUUGUCUUGAUGUUCGUUUCAAAGAAUCAAGAAAUUUUCACGUACUUUCUUGUCUGCAAUUUUUUAAACCAUAUUAAUAGUGUUUUAGUUAAAUAUAUUUAAGAAAGUUUUGUACUUUGUCCA